AUGCUAGAGAAAGGUGAGAACUCAUGCUCAUGUGUUCGAGGGAACUGUGCCUGCUGUGCUGAUAUAAAAAUUCCUGAAUUCCAUCAUGACAGUAAGUUUUCCUGUUAA